AUGAGCUCUGGAGGAAGUGCUAACCCCGCCAAACCCGGCCCGCCUUCCAAACCGGGCCAGGGCACCUUCUCGGCGGUCGCUCCAAGUAGCCACGCCAUCCUUCUUGAUAAGCUUAAUCGUCGCUCGACUCCUGAUUCCGAAGCUCUGGCGAGCUCAGACGACGAGGCCGACGCUCACCGUCAAGACCUUCCUCAGCCGGUGUCUCAACCUCAGAAACCAGUCAGGCGCGCCUCUUGGCUUAACGAUACCACACAACCUCUGCCUCGGCCACGCAAGGGUUCUUUCGCCAGCAGCUCUAUGUCUCCUACGGCUUCCCACCCGAGCACCCCAUCGGCGGAGGGCAACGCGCCUUGGGGCUCUCAUUCACAGUCUUCCGGCGUCAUGGGCCGGGCCCCGGUGCCAGGAUCUACUUUCACUUGGGGGACUGGUAUUUGGAACAACGACAGGAAGGAUCCACCUGCGCGCCUGAGCGAGGUUCUGCCCUCGCCUACCUCGACGAUGCCUCCUGGUUCAGCUGGAGGCUCUUUUUUCAGCGAGAGCAGCUACGGACAGACUUCGCCCGCCCCGCGAGACUCCGCCCCUAACGCUCAGAUCCCGUUUGCGAUUCCUCUGCACCCAACACCGAAGACUUACCGCUCCCAGUCGUACUCUGUCGGCCAGCUCGAACCCGAUGCGCCGCCCGCAUCUAUGAGUAGCUCGACGAUCCUUGGCCGUGGUCGCGCUCAUGGUCACUCUGGUCUGCAGCACCGUCCCUCCCGACCCAGCAUGCUGAGUGAGAUGUCAAAUGAUGGAGGUCUGCUUGGCAAGGUCAAGGAGGUGGACGACGAUGAUGACGAGAGCGCAAGCGAGUCUAUGCAAAGCUCGAUGCAUCAAUCUGCCGAAGCGAAGACGAUUGAGCUUCUUGCGCGUGAGAAUGCCAUGCUCCGGCAACAGCAACAGCAGCAGCAGCAACAGCAGCAAUAUCAGAACCGACUCAGGCCUAGGGCUUCAACUGGUGCCGCGUACGGGCUUGGCAACGGCUACUCACUCCGAGAGACUGUGCCAGAGGAAUCCGACUAUGCUAUUGACGAGCUUGACGAGGCUAACGAAGGAGCUGACUUGGCAGCAAAGAGGGCCAUGGGGCGCAGGAUGAGCGAGUUUGGAGUCUCCGCGUUCCGUUCCCCAUACGAGAAUCGCAAGCUGGAAAACGUUAAGAAGGCAUACUGGCAUAGCUCGCUCGGAUUUGGAGGUCCCGAAGGGCAGCAGAGUCGGAGACACUCAUUUGCAGAUAUCCCGACACGUCAAGGUUCCAUCAGCUCCAUCAGUGAGACCGUCACCGGGCUCGAUACGCCAGUGGCAGAACCGCAACAGCCCGUGGAUUUCUCCGCUGCUUAUGGUGAGAAUCCGAAUUUUCCUGUCAAUACCGCAUCGUAUUUCACACCUGGUGGCAGCCUCCAGGCCCCCCCAGCGAGCAUGUUCAGCAACCCGUUCUCCUCACCUUACCCUCAGAUGCACCCCACCCAGUACGGCAACCGAGCGCCCUCGCCUCAUCGUAACGUCUAUGCCAUGUCACAGCCGCGCCAUAACCAAUUACUGCACAUAGUCUUGUUCAAGUGCGCCAGAGCCGAUGUAUUCUACAUUCAGGAGGGCACCGGUCUCACGGUGAAACCAGGCGAUCUCGUGAUUGUCGAGGCGGAUCGAGGAACUGAUUUGGGAACCGUUGCGCGAGACAAUGUUGACUGGCAAACUGCCAAGGAGCUGAAAGAGCACUACGCUGAGGAGCAGUACAAGUGGUUGAUGAUGUACUCGCAGAAUGCCGCUGCCGCUCAGGACGGCACAGGCGCCGGCCUGAUGGCGGCCGCAAACGGCCUCCAAGGCAGUGCUGUUGGCGGCAUGGGUCCCCCGAACCAGCAUCAUAUGCAAGAGCCCAACGCGGGAGAGCUCAAGCCGAAACUGAUCAAACGCCUUGCACAAAGCCACGAGAUCCAUGCCUUGCGGGACAAGGAGGGCAACGAGGCCAAGGCCAAGCGUGUUUGCAUGCAGAAGGUCAAGGAGCAUGGGCUCAAUAUGGAGAUCCUCGAUGCCGAGUUCCAAAUGGAUUGGAAGAAGUUGACUUUUUACUACUUCGCCGACUCCUACAUCAACUUCAACUCCCUUGUUACGGACUUGUUCAAGAUCUACAAGACCAGGAUCUGGAUGUCGGCCAUCAACCCGGCGUCCUUCGCCAGCCCGACUCUCGGCAUUCAGGCACCAAGUGGCGUUGGCCCAGGCGCUGUCGGCGUUGGUCGUGGUUCAAACAACUCGGAAAGACGAUCCAACCAGCAGCAACAGCAGCAGCAGGAACAGCAGCCUGUAGGGUUCAACGGGGCUGGGCCUGCCGGCCGUGGAUUCCAGAACUCGUUCACGCCUCCUUUCGGAGGGGACAGGCCCGGCCCUGGCGCUGGCUACGGCCAGCCAAACUACCCUUAUUCCCACAUGGGUGGUGGAUUGAGCAGCGCCCCUCGGCCUGGAAACAUGCCCUACGUACCUGGAGUCAUGCCUUCGCUUGACAGCUACAGCUUCCAGGGAGCGGGUGACUAUCAGAUGCGCACGCGUUUUGCUCCGGCCCCGGAAGGACCUGGCCCUCACGAUACGGGUGCUCCAAUGAACUCCCAAAACGAUUGGGCGGCUGCCUUCCAGGGUCUGUCUCUGAACAGCCGCUGA